UACACAAAACACAAGUCAUAAAUCAAAUUUCUGCUAAACUGCUAUAACUUAAACUGUACGAAAUAAAUCCUUUUAAUUGAUUUUAAGUCGUACCUUUAAUUGAUUUUCAUAGUGUAACUGAAAUUCAAAACGCGCAUGACAACCAAAACAGUAACCAAUGCGCAUAGUCAAAACAUUGCGCAUUUCAAGAGCUAACCUCAUAGAGUCGAUCGAACGACUGCUUGUCAGCGUGAAAGUCUUUCAUUACUUUCAUACUUGUUCUGUAUUUUGGUGCCUAGUUGGUGUGCUAACGAGUGUCUUCGGCUGCUUUGUUUUAACUAGGUGCUAGACACAAAUUCAAGAUGCCGUCAGCCGCGCCCCCAGAAAAUGGCGUACCGCGCAGCGAGCUCGAGCAGCUGCAGAUGCGCGCCGGUCAGGUCACAGAUGAGUCGUUGGAGUCGACGCGGCGCAUGAUGCAACUAUGUGAGGAGAGUCACGAGGUGGGCAUGAAAACCCUGGUCAUGCUGGAUGAACAGGGCGAACAAUUGGAUAGGAUCGAGGAGGGCAUGGAUCAGAUCAACGCCGAUAUGCGCGAGGCCGAGAAGAAUCUGUCGGGGAUGGAGAAGUGCUGCGGCAUCUGCGUUCUACCAUGCAAUAAGGGUGCCUCGUUCAAGGAGGACGAUGGCACCUGGAAAGGCAACGACGACGGCAAGGUGGUCAAUAACCAGCCCCAACGCGUCAUGGAUGAGAGGAACGGCAUCGGCCCGCAGGCUGGAUACAUAGGCAGAAUAACGAAUGACGCGCGUGAAGACGAGAUGGAAGAGAAUAUGGGUCAGGUGAAUACUAUGAUCGGAAACCUACGCAACAUGGCUCUCGACAUGGGCUCCGAGCUCGAGAACCAGAACCGCCAGAUUGACCGCAUCAAUCGCAAGGGUGAAUCAAACGAUGAAAGGAUAAGGGUGGCAAACCAGCGCGCGCACGAGCUCCUCAAGUAGACACCGCAACCAAACACCGCACCAAAACAUACAUACACACCAACUAUCUCGUGGUCUUUAAAACCGCCGAUUGCAGAGGUUACAUCUUAAUCUUAAGGAAUUCACUAUUUUUUUUAAUCACUUAAACAAAACAACCUUCAUAAACACUUUUUAUGAUAAAU